CGCGAUGCGAUCCAAUGGCGGCCCAAGGCAGACCUGUCGGGAACUUGUAGGGUUGUGAUUUGGGUGAUGUCUUUGGACUGAUUCUGCAGGUUCUCGGGUUGGGCUGUGGCGCAAUGACUCGGCUUAGCCACGCUUGAAGACUGGGUAUAUGGUGGGCAUUUGCGCUCGGAGCUCGUGGAGGCUGAAGGGUCUUUUGCUGCCAAAAGUUUGAAGCGUGAAGAGUCAGAUAAACGGGCGAUUUGGCUACCUCGCUGGUCCUGGACAUAUUAGUACGUGAGUGCACUGUUCCCAAGGUCUCUGGGCUUCUACUCUGCCAUAUCAACAAUGAACUCGACAAUCUGUGUUAUCGAGGCCAAUCCAGAUGUAUCUGGCACUGGAAUCCGAGCAUCUAUUUACGCCCUCUGCCUCGGCGGUACGCUCGUGAGCUACUUCCUCCGAGUCUUCUCUCCAGGUGAAGAUGAAGAAGAGUUUUCUCGCGGCGUAUCUUCAGCGCUGGGCAUGCAAGGUCUGGCACUGCUCUGUACAGCAAUUUACCAGACUUUCCGCAGCGAGUUGACCCUUUUCCAUGCCAUCUGUGUGGUCCACCUACUUGCCCUGCUGGGUCUCAAUCUCAUCAGUAAAGGCCGAUAUGCCGGAUUUGGCCCCUGGCGUCUGUGGUGCUUUGUCGCAAUCCAAGUCAUCGCGCUGGGGGCAUUCAUCGCGUUCAACGUAUAUCUCUGGGUGACGGCACCUCAUUUCGGCAGCCAGCCUGCUUGCAACCCGGACACAGUAUAUGUUGUGUUUGGCGUGAGUAUUUCGGCAACGUCCCCCGUAUUUCGAUAUAUUAUUCUUGGCACGCUAGGCGCCAGUGCUGCGGGCUUUAUUCUUGUCUUCACCUGCUUGCUGCCGUGUCUUUGUGGAGCGUGGAUUCGUCGAAGACGGGAUCCGCUGGCUGGCCGCAACGUCGGCACGGGUCGCCAUGGAAAUUGUACCUGGAACUGGUUUGUGCAGACGUCGACGAGUACCGAUGACCAGGGCAAUUCUCAACGAGAGGAGCUCUCCGGCCAGGCCCUGCUCAACUUCACCCUCAAUAGGGCUGCGUACUGUGGACUUUGCAUUUAUCUAAUUGUGUCGCUGGAACAGACGAUCCAGCGGAAUACCCUUGAUCCUCAGGAGAAGGGAUGGACUUUUGGACAGGUCAUUGCGAUUUUCUUGCUGCUUGGAGUUGCGAAUGAACUGCUGAAUGUUGUGCUGGCGAGCUGGGACCGCCGCAUUGGCCAUGAAGCUGGGGCUCAAGAGUUGGUACAGGUUAGGCCUGCGUCAAGCAGCACGGCCUCGAGAAAUUCGCUUUGUUAGUUCG